GAGUGUGGGAAGAGUUUUACUACGCAGAGUAAUCUCCAACAACACCAGCGCAUUCAUACAGGAGAGAAGCCAUAUCACUGCUCAGAGUGUGGGAAGAGUUUUGCUCAAAGUAGUGCUCUUAAAGUACACCAGCGUGUUCACACAGGACAGAAACCAUAUUACUGCUUAGUUUGUGGAAAGAGUUUUGCUCAACAGGUUAACCUCCAAAAACACCAGCGUAUUCACACAGGAGAGAAACCGUAUCACUGCUUGGAGUGUGGAAACAGUUUUGCUGGACAUAGUACCCUUCAAAAACACCAGCGUAUUCACACAGGAGAGAAACCGUAUAACUGCACAGAGUGUGGAAAGAGUUUUAUUCAAAGUAGUGACCUUAAAGUACACCAGCAUGUUCACACUGGAGAAAAGCCGUAUCACUGCUCAGAAUGUGGAAAGAGUUUUGCUCAACAGGUGAACCUCCAAAAACACCAGCGUGUUCACACAGGAGAGAAACCGUAUCACUGCUCAGAGUGUGAAAAGAGUUUUGCUCAACAGGGUUACCUUCAAAAACACCAGCGUAUUCACACAGGAGUGAAACCGUAUCACUGCUCAGAGUGUGGAAACAGUUUUGUUGAACAUAGUACCCUUCAAAAACACCAGCGUAUUCACACAGGAGAGAAACCAUAUAACUGCACUGUGUGUGGAAAGAGUUUUACUCAAAGUAGUGUCCUUAAAGUACACCAGCGUAUUCACACAGGAGAGAAACCGUAUAACUGCACUGAGUGUGGAAAGAGUUUUACUCAAAGUAGUGACCUUAAAGUACACCAGCGUAUUCACACAGGAGAGAAACCGUAUAACUGCACUGAGUGUGGAAAGAGUUUUACUCAAAGUAGUGACCUUAAAGUACACCAGCGUAUUCACACAGGAGAGAAACCGUAUAACUGCACAGAGUGUGGAAAGAGUUUUACUCAAAGUAGUGUCCUUAAAGUACACCAGCGUAUUCACACAGGAGAGAAACUGUAUCACUGCUUAGAGUGUGGAAAGAGUUUUGCUCAUGAAAAGAAUCUCAAACGGCAUCAGCGU